AUGGUUAUGUCACUGGAAGAGACAAUGAGAACUGGUGCGAACGGCACUGGUAUGAAGCCUUUGGAUGGAAAGCUACAGGUUUUGGAAAAGGCCAAAGGGGAGCUUAAUAAUUCCAAGAAACAUUCAAUAGACCUUGAGGGUGUGAAACUUGAAUCCACAGAAGAGCCUGCAUUGAAAAGGCAAAAAUCAGGUGAGCCUAAGGCCGAUGAAGAAGAGAACUCCACUAGUAAAGAUGACAACGAAAGCAAAGAAAAAGCGGAAGCUCCAAAAGUUGACUUGUCAAAGCCUGCACCUAAACCAAUUGUUGAACCAGAUAUGAACAACCUUCCAGAACAUCCUAUGCCGGCACAUCAAAAGAAGCAUGCAGCAAUGACAAUAAAGGCCGUGAAAAGACUUAAAGAUGCGGGACCGUUCCUCAAACCAGUAGACAUAGUGAAGCUGAAUAUUCCAUUCUAUUACAAUUACGUUAAAAGACCAAUGGACCUUUCGACAAUGGAAAAGAAAAUACAGGUGGAUGCAUACGAGACGCCAAAGCAGCUGACAGAGGACUUCAAUUUGAUGGUGAACAAUUGUUAUGCUUUCAACGGGAAGAAUUCUGUGAUUUCCCAGAUGGCUCGCAAUAUCCAGGCCAGUUUUGAAAAGCACAUGCUUCACAUGCCACCGAAAGAUGCUCCGGCUGAAGCAACACGUCGGCGUCGCGGCGCUUACACAUACGAUUUUCCAAAGUUGCGUAGAGACUCAACUUCAUACAACGGGCGUCCAAAAAGAGAGAUUCAUCCUCCGAAGUCUCGAGAUCUACCGUACGAUUUCAGGCCUAGAAGGAGGAGAAUGACUCCCGAGUUGAGAUUCUGUCAACAGAUCCUCAAGGAUUUCAAGUCAAGAAAGUAUGAUGCAAUUGCUUAUCCAUUUCUGGAGCCAGUUGAUCCGGUUGCACUGGAUUGUCCAUCAUAUUUUGAUGUGGUGAAGAAUCCAAUGGAUUUGAGUACUAUGGCAAAGAAGAUGGAGAACGGGGAAUAUGAAAACGGGGAAGAAUUCGAAAAAGACAUGAGGCUAAUGCUCUCGGACUGUUAUGCGUUCAAUCCACCUGGAACUCCGGUGAAUAUUCUUGGGCAUCGGUUGGAGACAGUUUUUAACGAGAAGUGGGUGAACAAGCCACCCCCAGGAUCGGAAGAUGAAUCAGCAAGCCGCAGAUCAUCGUCUAGAGGAAGAAAGAGCCACGAAGAGUAUGAAGAAGAUGGUGAGGAGGAGGAAGAAGAAGAAGAAACUUUCAACGUGGAUAUGAAUUCGAUUACCGAUCCUACUAUCGAGUUCCUCCUAGCAAACAUAGAGAGGUUGCAGAAGGACUUGAAGAAGAUGAGGCAGGAGAAAUACGAGCAGUUGAAGAAAGAGUGGAUGAAGAAGCAUCACUCUGCAAAGAGAUUAAAGAGAAGAAGAAGAAGAAGGGCUGGAGGAUCCAGCAAAAGCUCUAUCUACCCAACUCAUGUGACGUACGAGAUGAAAAAAGAGAUAUCAGAUGCAAUGGCUACGAUUAAUGACAAACAGCUGAAGAGUGUGAUUGCAAUCAUUAGGGAGGGUGUGCCAGAUCUGGGAGAUGACGAUGAAAUUGAGUUGGACAUGGAUCAGAUGAGCAACACCACUUUGCUGAAGCUUUAUGACUUCAUUGUGAGGGGAAAAGGCACAAAGCAAAGAAGAAGAAAGAGUGCACAAAGUGAAGAAGAUAAAAUAAGAAGCCUCAAGAAGAAAUUACGCCAAUUCGAGGAGGCUGAGGACUCGCUCUCAUCUUCUGACGAUGAUGAUGAAGAGGAGAGUUCUGAAGAAGAAUGA